AUGCCUAUUUCAAAGCUCACCUUCUUCACCUUUCUUUUCCUUUUUGAUCAUUUCACCAACGCCGCAGCUGCAAAGGUUGAUGUGGGAAUCAUUCUUGAUCUUCAGACACCUCUUGGAAAGAUGUUCAAAACUUGCAUUUCUAUGGCCAUUGAAGAUUUCUACUCCAAAAACACUUACAAGACGAUGAUCGUGCCUCAUUUCAGAGAUUCGAGCAGUGAUAUCGUCUCUGCAGCUUCUGCAGCUAUUGAUCUGCUCAAAAACACUCAAGUGAUAGCGAUUUUCGGGCCACAAGCAUCCAUUCAAGCAGAUUUUGUGAUAGAUAUUGGUGAUAGAGUGAAAGUCCCAAUAAUCUCACCAGCAACCAGUCCAUCUCUGUCCCCUCAAGAGUCCCCAUUCUUCAUCAGAUCUUCAUGGUGCUCUGCUUCUCAGGCCAAAGCAGUUGCUGCAAUUGUCAACCACUUUGAUUGGAGGGAAGUUGUCUUAGUCUACGAAGACACCAUUUAUGGGAUUGGACUAUUGCCAUUUCUAACCGAGCGUUUUUUAGAGAGCAAUGCUCUUGUUUCAAACAUGACAGCAAUCUCCCCUUCUGCUGACAAUGACCUGAUUCUUGAAAAACUGUUGGAGCUGAGGAGGAUGCAGACGAGGGUGUUUGUCGUCCACAUGCUCCCACCUGUUGCGUCGCGUUUCUUCAAGAUGGCCCGGAGAGCCGGGAUGAUGGGGGAGGGUUAUGCUUGGAUCAUCGCGGACGCGCUCACUAGUUUGCUAGACUCUGUGGAUUCAGAGACUAUUGAGGCCAUGCAAGGCGUGGUGGGCGUGAAGGCCUAUUUUCCGAGGUCCAGUGAAGUUCACAACUUCACUGGGCGAUGGAGGAAGAGGUUUCGCCAGGACAAUCCAGCGCUUGAAACAUCAGAACUGAACGUUUUUGGCCUGUGGGCUUAUGACAGCAUAACUGCUCUAGCAGAAUCCGUGGAGCGCGUACGCGCAGAUGCAUCUCCGAGAUUCAAUAAAACGGCCGUUGGUAGAGGUAAUCUGACAGAUAUGGAAGCAAUAGGGGUUUCAAAUAGUGGUCCAAGACUUGCUCCUCUGCUCAGAAACUUCACCUCAAAAGGGUUGAGUGGGGAUUUCAUGAUCAAGAAUGGUGAAUUGCAGGCUUCUGUGUUUGAGAUCAUGAAUGUGGUAGGCAAUGGAGCAAACACUGUGGGAUUUUGGAGGGAAAAUCAAGGGAUUUCCAAGAGAUUCAAGGGAGAUGAUGAUGUUGGUGAUAUUAAGCAUACGCUCGGGGCCGUGGUGUGGCCGGGGCAGACUAGUGAGGCGCCACGAGGGUGGGAAGCUGCGGCUGUGAAUGCGAGGAAGCUGAGGGUGGGAGUGCCGAUGAAGUGCAGAGCCGGCCAGCUUGUGAAUGUUUCAAUAGAUGAAGAAACAGGGAAAGUUAAUGCAAGUGGUUUCUGCAUUGAAAUGUUUGAAGAGGCAAUGAGAUCACUGCCUUAUCCAGUUCAAUUUGAAUACAUCCCUUUCAAAAAUGCUGAUCAAAAUAGCACUAUUUAUAACUAUGACAGCCUCAUUCAACAGCUAGCACUCAAGAGAGUUGAUGCAGUGGUAGCAGAUAUAACGAUGUCAGCUAGCCGAGCACAACAAGUAGACUUCACCAUUCCCUACAUAGAAUCUGGGAUUUCGACCGUUGUCCUAAUAAAGGACAAAGAGAAUACUUGGGAUUUCAUGGCACCUCUCACAAGAGACCUCUGGAUCACCAUUGGAGGUACCUUCAUCUUCACCGGCUUUGUCGUGUGGGUCCUCGAGCAUCGCCUGAACGAAGAGUUCCGAGGCCCUCCUCACAAGCAAAUAGGGAUGAUUUUCUGGUUCGCCUUCUCAACAUUAACUUUUUCACAGAGGGAGAGAGUGAAGAGCAACUUGUCAAGAUUCGUGGUGAUCGUAUGGCUGUUUGUGGUGCUUGUGCUAUCGACGAGCUACACUGCAAACUUGACAUCUCUGCGGACGGUGAAUCAGCUGGCAUCCACGGACUACCGGAACAUAACAUCUGUGGGGUUCAAAGAAGGGUCUUUUGUGAGGGCAGUUUUGGGUGCUACUUUAUCAGACAAUUCCAAGCUUACAGUUUACACCACCUUCGAAGAGUACGAUAAGGGACUCUCUUUAGGCAGCUCAAGAGGUGGAGUUGAUGCAGUUGUUGAUAAUGUGCCUUCCCUUAAGGUCUUCCUCUACAAAUACUGCAACAAAUACACCAUGAGUGGUCUCAUCCAUAGAAAUUCUGGCUUUGGAUUUGCCUUUCAAAAGGGUUCACCCCUCGCCCCAGAUGUUUCAAGAGAAAUCUUGAUGAUGAAAGAGACUGGAAAAAGGGAUCAGAUUUCAAGAAAAUGGUUUGGCGAAGGAGGCUGCAGCUCAAACAAUACAACGGAUGCUGACUCCAGAAAGCUAGAUGUCAAAAACUUCAGUGGGCUGUUCUACAUUACUGGCUUAUCUUCAUUAUCAGCUCUGCUCAUAUUCUUGGUCACUUUUUUGUACGAUAAUCGCCUUGUUUGGAGCUCUGAUGCUUCUCUCAAGCACAAACUACUUCAACUUGCUCAACGUUUUGAUCAUAGGGAGAGCGACAAUGAGUUGCUGCCAUUUUCCAAGAAAUCAGCAGUUGUUUGUGAAGAAAUGGUUGCUGCAGAGAUGAAGAGUAAGCCCAAAAGCUGCAUUUGUUGUGAACAAGGGAAGUGGUCAACAAUACAACUGUGGUUUAGACCACAAGCCUGCUAUGGUGAUGGAUUGGAAAGCCUGGAUCUGGAUCGUUUCACCGGCCUUUUCCUCAUUGCAGGGCUAUCAUCAUCAAUGGCUCUAGCUGUGUUCUUCUCCGGAUUCUUUUAUGAGAACCGGCAUAUAUUAGCCUCAUCGGCUUCAGUCAAGAAAAAGCUUCAUAGUCUUGCUAGAGCUUUUGUUGGGAGAAGAUCAAUACACUCAGAAUCUGAGGGUUUAUCACAAAGUCCAUCAAUUAGGACUUGUUGUGAUGAAGAAGGAAUGUUUUCCCAAGAUGAAGGGCUCUCAACGGUUGAUAUAGAAAUGCAAGAGGCUAAUAAUUCAUAA